UCGCAAGGAGGAUCUGGCAACUUACCAAACGUCACGAUCUCGGGGCCAUCACCAGGGUCCGGAAUGACCUAUAGACCACCCUCGAGAUCGGGAAGAGCACUGCAGGCUGUCAAGACAAGAGCUAAGGGGCCGGUGAGCCCCGAGAUGUCAGCCAAGGAUGUUACUGAACCUAGUGGAGAGAAGGAAGUUGUGGACGUCCCAGAAGGAGAGGACGACAAGGACGACAGGUUGAGAAAAGAAGAGGACGAGAAAGUCGAGCAAAGAGCUGAGAAGAGAGGCGCAAAGCCUGAUACGGACAAGGCUCAGGAAGUAAAGAAGAAGAAGUAUGUUGUCCGAGUAGAUGAAGGAUUCGAUGUGGAAAAAAUAAUGGAUAGGAUCCUUGAGGGUCAUAAUCAUCUUAUGAACCUAAAGGACGUCCUGGCUUUAGCGCCAAGGCUCAGGGAUGAGCUAAAAGUGCGAUUGUCCAGGAAAGUGGUGGCCAGUGUGCGACUAGGGGUUAUAAUCCCUAAAGAAGCUGAAUGGGAUGAGACCGGAACUAAGAUGGAUUGGAAGUCUGUGGCGUGUGGUUGCCUUGAUGUAGUAGUGAAGGGAAAGACGUGCACAACAAUGGUGGACAACGGCGCAGAGAUGAACCUCAUAAAGGAGGAACAUGCUGUGCGUUUAGGAAUGGAGAUAGAUCGCUCGGACAAUGGGGUGUUGAUGGGGGCGAACAGUCGGUCAGUGUUCAUUGGGACCGCGUCGUCAGUAAUCCUGGAGAUUGGGAAGACUAUCACAGAGGUGAGGAGCUUUCUGGAAACGUGUGGGUUUUGGAGGAUCUUCAUAAAAGGGUUUGCGGCAAAGACGGAGCAGUUACGAAAGCUUGUGCGCCAGGGCCAAGACUGGGAAUGGGGAGAUAAGCAGGAGUCCGUAAUAGAAAAUCUGAAGAACGAGUUGGAGGAAGGAGACCUAGUACUAGGGGUACCAGAUCAUGCGGCUGUGGUGACCAGACCUUUCAUCGUGGAGACGGAUGAAGGGCCAACUGCGUUAGGAGGGGUGUUGAUUCAGCGAGAUCCCAAUGGAGAAGAACGACCAUUGAGAUUUGAGAGUCGGACGCUCAAAAUAUCUGAGAGGAACUACUCCCAGUUUAAGCGCGAGACCUUGGCGGUUCUUCAUUGCUUGAGGAUUUUCAGGAACUACCUCUUUGGCAGCAGGUUUGUAUUGAGGGUGGACGCAACUGCUCUGGCUGGCUCUCUCAAGAACUUCGCUCCUUCAGAUCCGACCAUCGCCAGAUGGCUAACUGAGGAGGAUGUGAGACUUCACAUCAACUCCUGGUCGUUAGCCGUGGGUAACUAUGUUACUCUUGGACGACCUGUGUGGCUUGCGCCACCAGGACAUGUACGACGAUCAGAACUAGUCCUUAAGCCCUACAUUGAAGAAGACUCGUGGGGAAUGCCAGGCGUGGAUUGGAUGAUGGAGUUGGCUUUAGCAGGCAAGUACCAACUGCAUGAGGACCCGCUCACGAUUGAGGAUGGGCCGCUACAGGUGGGCAAGCACGAGAAAGUGAUAGGUAGGGUGUAUCUGCUGGCAAAUGCAUUGCUUCAGGAAGAGGCAGUCAUGAAUACGGCGCUAGAUAAGGAAGAGGUGGUAGAGCAGGAAGAGGGUGAUAAUGUGAUCCACGAAAGAGAGAUGAUUUUGAGGAAGGAGCGAUCCUCGCUUAGGCCAAGAGAGUCGCUGCACCCAAGGUAUGUUUGUGAAGUUGGAGCGGUCGUACACCUGGAUCUGUUGGCAAUGUCGCUGGGGAUAGGGAGCUACAACUUCAUCUUUGAUGCGCGGGACAACCUCUCUGGGUUUGUGGAUGGCCGGGCCAUUCGCACGAAGACUGAGGAAACGCUGGCCCGAUGCAUUGAAGAGUACUACCUGCGUUAUCCCUUUGUCUCCAGGUUUGUGAUGGAUAGAGGGUCUGAGUUCACCUGUGCAGAAGUGAAGGCACUCUUAAAGAAGUAUGGGGUAAUCGCCGAGUACACUACUGCGACGCACCCUCAAGCUAAUGCACUGGUGGAGAGAGGGCAUAGCACCAUCACGAACCUUAUCGCCAAAUGGACUGAUGGCAGGCCCAAUCAAUGGCCGAAUUUCCUAAGGGUCGCUUUCUUCGUAGAUAAUAUCACUGUCAGGAGAAGCACCGGCUACGCACCAACCACGCUAUGGUAUGGCAGGCACGCAACGUUUCCUAUCGAAAGCUUCCUAAGGACCUGGAGGCGGCAAGACCUCGAGACUGAUCUGACCUUUGAGGAACUGCAAGAUUUAAGAGCAGGCCAGAUUGGCGCCAUAGAGGACAGGAUUGAGGAAGCCGCGAGUAGGACGACAGAUAACCGUACCAAGGAUAAGUUUUGGUGGGAUAAGAUGGCGAGGGUGAGAAAGGAGCCUCUCAAGGUGGGAGACAUUGUGCUGUUGUACAACUCCUCCCUGGAAAAGCAGUAGAGAGCAGAGGGUGGGGAGUUUCUUCUAUUUGUGAGGCGGCACUUCAGACCCUUUGUUCGAUCUAUCGUGACAUCUGCUAUGAGUUGGGGACAUUGCAAGAAGUUGUUGUGGGACUACUAUACUCCAGCUCACCAGACAGGUGAAAGAAGGGGUAUGGACAAGAGAAGGCGGGAACCAGAAGCAGAGGAAAGGAGGACUUAUGAGCAAGGCGGGUCAACAGGGACUCAGAGGGAGGACAGGAAGAAUGAGUACAAGUCCCACUGGCAGGAGAAACCAGGGGGGUCAGUUGGUCCAAAUAUGCCUCCACAGCCUGCUCAGAGGGAGGCAGAUUGUCCUAUGCCGGACAGGGAGCCAGACAUACCUCAUGAGCCAUAUGUGCAAGAGCAGAAGGAGAAGCAGUCUGCCCAGGAGAAGGAGCCGGACAGAAAAGAAAGAGCGGCAACGGACCAGGAGAUCAAGGUUCAACUCAGAAUGAAGAACCUUGCUGAGCUGCAUGAGAGGAUGCAGCAGGGGAAAGAGCCUGAGCAGGUGGAUGACAAGAGUGGAAAGGGCACUUACACUGAGCAGGAGGACCUUCCCCUAUUUUCAGAGGUAUGGGUUACCUUUGACAAGCUGAUGGACGUUGCAGGAAGGUCAGGGCGGCAUCAUCAGGAGAUGGGGGUUAAGUUAGUCUCCACAGACCUACUCAACCUGAGGGGCGCGAUGAAGGAAGGCUUCGCAGCAGCCAGGGCAUCAGAUCAGAAGGUUGGAGACAGGUUGACCAAGGUGGCACAAAAGGCAUAUGGCCAGAGAGUGGACUGGGAAAGAGAAGAUGGGGACCUGAAGAAGGAGCUGGGAAGACAGGGCAAAGAAAUGGAGGCAGUGAAGGCAUAUAUGGAGAAGGUCAGGGUAGAGAAUGAGGCCAUCAGGCAGGUCAACCAGACCCUCAACAAGAUCACUGAUGCCCUGAGGGCCUAUCUAUACGCACAACAGGUAUCCUUCCAGGCCAAGGAAGCAGAGUGGGAAAAGAGAGUACAAGACCUCAAAGCCAAGUAUAGGCAGCAGGCUCCAACUACAGUGGUUGAUUGGACAAAGGUCCAAAGAUUUGAAAUCAGAGAACAGCCUGCAGAGGAAACAUUCAAAGGUCAGGAGGAAGGAGAGAAGGAGGCCCAACAGGAAGGUGAAGAGACUCUCUUGAUAGACAAAGAGGUGUUGGAGCUGCAAGGGGCCCUAGCCGAGAAGGGCUCAGAGGUCGGAGAGUUCGAGUGGAGGUUGCCAGCUGGUCUGACACUGGGACAGGAACCAGCAAUGACAUCGGAUAGACCACCUACUGAGGUCAUGGAAGUUGAGGUGGUAUUACCUACAACUCAGGGAGAGACUAUGAGACAGCAGAAGGGUCAGGAGAGCGUAGGCCAAACCAUGGUGGAGGCUGAGUCAAGGAGGGAUCUGAAGGACUAUCAGGAGUCAGCUAUACCUCAGGAGAUGCCUAUUACUACAGAUCUGAGGGAUGCAUUGGGAUCUUGGGCCACUGGGUCAGCACCAGAGGGACGUGUUGAUGAGCAGGUGAUGCAGGCAGGCGAUAGAGAAGCCUGCCCCACUUCCCCAGAGGUCCCACAGCAGGAGGUUACGAGCAACAUCUCAACAGUCCUGUCAUCAGUACCCUUGCAAGAAGGAGACAAGGUAUCUCAGAAGAAGGUUGGCAAGUGCUUCUAUUGCAAGAAGGGCAAGCAUCGAUCUGGUGAUUGCCCCAAGGGCCUUAAGGACGAGGCAAAUAGGUUGGUUACCAGAGAGUCAUCUGGAGUGUGGAGGAAUAGAAAUGGAAACCUAGUUCCUAAAGACUCGUGAUGGGGUAAGAGCGCAGUUGUAUAGACAACUGUAGGAGGCCAUGAGUGAUCAGGAAUAAGGUUUUCUAAUAAG